GAGUCACUACCAGUGGCAAAGUGUGUAUGCGCCGCAGACGUGGUCGUUGACACUGGGGCGACUGCCGAAAAGCUUCAAGCGUAUUUUAGCCACGCCUAACAAAAAAAUCCAAUUAUCCUUGGAGUGGAGUUGAGCGACGUGUUUCACUGUUCUAACGCCUGCUAACAGAUAUGGCAGCACAGUGUGUGACAAAAGUGGAGUUAACAAUUUCCUGUGAUAAUCUUUUGGACAAAGACAUUGGAUCCAAAUCAGACCCCCUGUGCAUGCUGUUAAUGAGCACCUCGAAUUCCCAGUGGUAUGAGGUGGAACGCACAGAAAAAGUCCAGAAUUGCCUCUGCCCAAAGUUUGCCAAAAAGUUUGUCAUCGACUACUACUUUGAGAUGGUGCAGAAAUUGAAAUUUGGGAUUUAUGAUAUUGACAAUAAGACCAUUGAUCUGAGCGAUGAUGACUUCUUAGGAGAACUGGAGUGUACCUUGGGCCAGGUUGUCUCCAGUAGAAAACUGACCAGGCCGUUGGUUUUGAAGAACAAGUCACCUGCAGGAAAAGGGACCAUUACGAUCAGUGCUGAAGAAAUUAAAGAUAACAGGGUGGCAAAUUUUGAAGUGGAGGCAAGGAAACUGGAUAACAAGGAUUUCUUUGGGAAGUCUGACCCAUAUCUCGAAUUCUACAAGCAGACAGAAACUGGAUGGCAACUGGCUCACAGGACAGAGGUGGUGAAGAACAACUUGAAUCCUACAUGGAGACCCUUCCGAAUUCCCCUACAAUCUCUUUGCGGAGGAGACAUCGAGAAACCUAUAAAAGUUGACUGCUUUGAUUAUGACAAUGAUGGCUCGCAUGAUCUUAUCGGGACUUUUGAGACCACAAUGAAGCGUCUUCAGGAGGCAUCACGCACUUCUCCGGCGGAAUUUGAAUGCAUCAACAGUAAAAAGAAACAAAAGAAGAAAGGCUACAAGAACUCUGGUGUUGUGAGCGUGAAGCAUUGUCAGGUGGUCAAAGAGUACACAUUCCUGGAUUAUGUUAUGGGGGGUUGUCAACUCAACUUUACUGUGGCAAUAGACUUCACUGGUUCCAAUGGGGAUCCAAGGUCUCCUCAGUCUCUGCAUUACAUCAGUCCACAGGGAGUGAACGAGUACCUCUCUGCUAUUUGGUCAGUGGGCAACGUCAUUCAGGACUAUGACAGUGACAAGAUGUUUCCUGCCUUUGGCUUUGGUGCCCAGAUCCCCCCAACAUGGCAGGUUUCUCAUGAGUUUCCACUCAAUUUCAAUCCCACAAAUCCAAUCUGCGCAGGUGUUGAAGGGAUAGUGGAGGCCUACAGGGUUUGCCUUCCCCAAGUCAAACUUUACGGUCCCACAAACUUCUCACCAAUCAUCAACCAUGUCGCGUGCUUUGCAAAGCAAGCCCUGCAGCAGAACACUGCAUCUCAAUACUUUGUGCUGCUCAUCAUCACCGAUGGCGUGAUCACUGACAUGGAUCACACACGGAAUGCCAUCGUCAACGCCUCACGUCUGCCCAUGUCCAUCAUCAUCGUCGGAGUGGGCGGAGCAGACUUCACGGCUAUGGAGUUCCUGGACGGAGACGACGGGUGUCUUCGCUCUCUGACUGGCGAGCCUGCAAUGCGAGACAUUGUCCAAUUCGUUCCAUUUAGGCAGUUUCAGAAUGCUCCAAAAGAAGCAUUGGCAAAGAGUGUGUUGGCCGAAGUUCCAGGUCAGCUUGUGGAGUUUUGCAAUACCAUGAAGCGGAGUCCACCCAACACCAAUCCUGUUGCAAAGCCUGCAGAAGCCAUCUGAUGUUGCUGCAAAAAUCAACUGGAUCCCACAUCAUCACACAAUACCAUCUUUCUACCCUGUGAUAAAACAGAAAGAGCAAGCACUCCAAAUUAUUGACCAGUCACACUCUUUACAAAGCAAAGAAUUAUGCUUUUUCCCCCCCGUAAUUUACAGACACAUUUUCAGGCAGCUUACUAAAGAUUGACUUUUGACCAGUUUCACACUUGAUGAGUGGGCAGACACAACUAUUCGUGUAUAAAUAAGUCAAUUUACCAUGUUCCCUUCAAGUCUAUAUAGGCUCAUUGCAACUGCUGCUGUUUGUUUAAUCUGUAGUAGAGGUUCUUUUUAUCAACAUUAAGUUUUACAAGUCAGUCUUGUGUUUAACGUGUAACAGAGUUAGUAGUGAUUGAAUAGUUUGAGGCAUUGAUUAUCCUGCCGUUCGUGGACUCGUUCACAUCCUCCUGUAAUUAAAUAGAUUUUUACAUUGCUGAUUUUUGCACAAGGAUUAUUGCAUUGCAUAAAUGUAAGCCAUUGCUUUGCUUUUACAAAGUCAUUUUUUUUCACUGAAAUGCCAAAACCCUGCACAUACCGUAUAGUAUGAUAUAUUUCUCAAAGCAAUUUAAGAUGUAAAAAUGUCAGUUUAUUUUGGAUUCUUUUUGUGCCUGCUGUUUACUUUUUGCAGAACAGAAAAGCACCACCGAUUAGAACAACUUAUUAGAUAAUUAUCGCCACACUACUAACAUAAAUAAUUGGCAUCAGUAUUAAUAUACAGUAGAGCUGUUUAUUUUAAAUAAAAUGAGAAGACAAUUCUA